GCAUGGCACUCAGCGAGGAUACAAAGGAGCGACUCGUUCGCACAAUUGACGUCGCAAAAACCGUUCUUCAUUAUGGAUGGGUGCCUUUCGUCCUCUAUGUCGGAUACACGCAGUCGACACCCCGCCCAAGCCUGAUCAAGCUCAUCAGCCCUCUCGCAUAAUUCAGAAGAAACCAUCUUAGAAAAAAGGAGGAGCAUCGGGCGGCCUCCCAAGCGUCGCAGAUUAUUUCGUGUAGCAUCACCAGAGCAAUAACACCUCUCUCAUCGAUUCGUCCUCUGCGGCUCUGAUUACAUGGACGCCACUCUCAUCUUCUCUUGGGCGUCGGAAUCGAUGCUUGUGGGCUCCAUUCCUCUCCGGGGCCCGUGGCUCUCCCAAAGCGGCUCUUCAGCUCCGCAGGUCCCUGGUUGCUCCGUGUAGGCGUGUCUUCCUCAAAUGAGACGUCAAAGGCAUCCAGAGGGCUCCUGCUCAUGUAUUGUCUCGCCCGCUGCCUCUCUGCUUCUUGCACCUGCAUCUCCGCCCUCCUAGCUGCUCUUCUGCUCUGUGCCUCGCUCUGUUCAUCCAAAUUAUCUUUACCCCGCGCCGCCUGCUGCUCUUGGACCCUUU